AUGUGUGCCUUCUAUUUGCCGUUGCAGAGCAACAUCUUCGGCGGUCUGGACGAGAGCCUGCUGGCCCGCGCCGAAGCCCUGGCGGCGGUGGACAUCGUCUCCCCCGGCAAGAGCCACCACCACCACCACCCGCCCCACCACAGCCCCUUCAAGCCGGACGCCACCUACCACACCAUGAACACCAUCCCCUGCACCUCGGCCGCCUCCUCCUCCUCGGUGCCCAUCUCGCACCCGUCCGCCCUCUCCGGCACCCACCACCACCACCACCAUCACCACCACCACCACCAGCCUCACCAGGCGCUGGAGGGGGAGCUCUUGGACCACAUCACCCCGGGGCUGGCGCUGGGGGCCAUGACGGGCCCCGACGGCUCUGUGGUCUCCACGCCCGGCCACGCUCCCCACAUGGCCAGCAUGAACCCGAUGCACCAGGCGGCCCUCAGCAUGGCCCACGCCCACGGGCUGCCUUCGCACAUGGGCUGCAUGAGCGACGUGGACGCGGACCCGCGCGACUUGGAAGCCUUUGCCGAGCGGGUCAGGCAGAGAAGGAUCAAGCUAGGGGUGACCCAAGCGGACGUGGGAUCUGCCCUGGCCAACCUCAAGAUCCCCGGAGUGGGAUCCCUAAGCCAAAGCACGAUCUGCAGAUUCGAAUCGCUCACUUUGUCCCACAACAACAUGAUCGCCCUCAAGCCCAUUUUACAAGCGUGGCUGGAAGAGGCGGAGAAAUCACACCGGGAGAAGCUCACCAAGCCGGAGCUCUUCAACGGGGCGGAGAAGAAAAGGAAACGCACCUCCAUCGCGGCUCCCGAAAAGAGGUCCCUAGAAGCCUAUUUCGCCAUCCAGCCGCGUCCUUCCUCAGAAAAAAUAGCGGCCAUCGCGGAGAAACUGGACCUCAAGAAGAACGUGGUCCGGGUCUGGUUCUGUAACCAGAGACAGAAACAGAAACGGAUGAAAUAUUCCGCUGGGAUUUAA